AUGUCUGAUAUAUUAGAAAAGUCUCUCGACGAAAUCAUAGGUGAAAACAAGUCGUCAAGAAGACCCCAUCGCCGGUCUGGCGGUCCUUCCAGAAGAGGAAACCAGAGCAGAAUACAGAAGACUCCAUACACCAGAGAAAGACCCACCAACAGCCAUUCAAAUUAUCGUCCUUCGUCUUCGUCUUCAUUGCCUGGCUAUAUUAGAGAAAUGUCGCAUUCUCGCCCAGUCUUAAGAGUCAAAAAUAUCCAUCCAGACUUGAAUGGUGAAGACUUGUCGAAUUUAUUUGGAAACAUAUCAGCUGUUGAGUUUGUCAAGUUCGACAACAGAGACGACAGUGUCGCCUACGUCUGUUUUGAAACUGAUAAUACCCGAAGCAACGCAGCAGCCAUCGAAAAAUACAACGGCAAAAAGGCUAUGGGCAAUGUGUUGGUUGUAGAAAGUGCCACGUCCUUGGCUGAUAGAAUCUCAGGCCUUCCUACAAAUACAAGGAUUAUCCGUGGCAAGAAUGGUCCAGCUCCAGGAGGAAGGGAAAGAAAGAUCGGCCAAACACCCGGAGGAAGGGAAAGGAAAAAGAAAGAGCCAAGACCUAAACAUGUUAAGAAGUCUGCCGAAGAUCUUGAUAAUGAAUUGACUGCCUAUAUGAACAACGGUGGUGACUCUGGUGCCACGGAAUCUGCCGAAACUGAUUCUCAAAAUAUCGACCAAUCCAUGAAGGACUAG